AUGCAGAGGAGCAAUCACACAGUGACUGAGUUCAUCCUGCAGGGCUUCACCACAGACCCAGGGAUGCAGCUGGUACUGUUCGUGGUGUUCCUGGGCAUGUACUCUCUCACUGUGGUAGGAAACAGCACCCUCAUCGUGUUGAUCUGUAAUGACUCCCGCCUACACACACCCAUGUAUUUUUUCACUGGAAAUCUGUCGUUUCUGGAUCUCUGGUAUUCUUCUGUCUACACCCCAAAGAUCCUAGUGACCUGCAUCUCUGAAGACAAAAGCAUCUCCUUUGCUGGCUGCCUGUGUCAGUUCUUCUUCUCUGCAGGGCUGGCCUAUAGUGAGUGCUGCUUACUGGCUGCCAUGGCUUAUGACCGCUACGUGGCCAUCUCCAAGCCCCUGCUUUAUGCUCGGGCCACGUCCAUAAAGCUGUGUGCAUUGCUGGUAGCAGUCUCAUAUUGUGGUGGCUUUAUUAACUCUUCAAUCAUCACCAAGAAAACGUUUUCCUUUAACUUCUGCCGUGAAAACAUCAUUGAUGACUUUUUCUGUGAUUUACUUCCCUUGGUGAAGCUGGCCUGUGGCGAGAAGGGUGGCUAUAAAAUUCUGAUGUACUUCCUGCUGGCCUCCAAUGUCAUCUGCCCCGCGGUGCUCAUCCUGGCCUCCUACCUCUUUAUCAUCACCAGUGUCUUGAGGAUCUCCUCCUCCCAGGGCCGCCUCAAAGCCUUCUCCACAUGCUCCUCCCACCUGACCUCUGUCACGUUAUACUAUGGCUCCAUUCUCUACAUCUAUGCUCUCCCCAGAUCUAGCUAUUCUUUUGAUAUGGACAAAAUAGUUUCUACAUUUUAUACUGCGGUACUCCCCAUGUUGAAUCCCAUGAUCUACAGCCUAAGGAAUAAGGAUGUGAAAGAGGCUCUGAAAAAACUUCUCCCAUAA